UAAUUUUAUUAUUGCUUGAGAUAAACCACAGUUCAGAAAACAAAAUUGAUUUUCUGCUGGCGGGGGAAAUAGGAAUCAAGCAGAAUAUUGCAAACACUAUAUAUGGAAUUUUCAAUAUAGCUGGGAUUCUGAAUUACUGAAUGAUAAUCUGCAUUUGGCAUAAAUAAGGAAAAGUCUUCUCCUUGCUCAUUUCAAUAAAACCUAGACCAGAAUCAUUUAUUCUGGGAGACUUGUUUGAUUCUGACUGUUUUUAAGAAGUUACCUUGGAGAACACAAUGUUGAAAGAAGCUAAGAUUUCCCUGAAGCCAUUAUACAAAUAUGCUUUCAUACACAGAAAACGAUCCUAGCCUAGUUCCAUUCCUCAAAGUGAUAGGUGUAUGAAUUUGCCUGCCAAUUUGCUCUAUGAAACUUAAUUUAAGAAGACUAAUAGUGCUAUUAGUGGAUGUCAAAUAUCUGACUGAGCACCAAGGACAUUGGGGUGAAUGCCUGAGUCAGUCUCCUGGAGAAUCCAAAAUGUGAGGAAGGAGCAUGUAUCUGGUGUUACUAUCAUUAUUUGCUUUGUGUGUCUGUGCUGGUGGGCCAUGUUGAGAUGCCUCCAACAACUUAGAAAUUUGGGAAAUGAGUAUGCCUUCUCAUUUCUUUGUAAGAUCAACAUAUUUAGGAGCGAAGUCACCUGCAAGGGGGCCAGAUUGGUUCCUAGGCCUGCAGGGUUUGGUAAUCCCACUGGAAGAUUAAAUAUCAAUUUGUAUUUGAAGAUGAAAAUGAGGAUGGAGAUGGUCAGGGAAGGAGUAAAUCAUUGGGUUAAACAUUAUCCUCAGUCUUCUCAGCACUGCGGAAGGGAAGAGAAGCAUUAGCCAACAGACUUGAAGUAUCGUGGCUCCAUUGCCAAGAUAUUACAACAAACGUUUAAGAGGUUUGUCCUACAGAUGCAUCUACCCCUUUAGCAGGAUUGGUUGCAUCAGGCUGUGCUUCCCCAAUGCUAUGAGAGUCUUAUUUCAUCUAACCACUGGUGGGUGGGUUACUUUGAUCAUUUAACUUUCUACAUAGGCCAAUCUGGGAGAGUUGAAUUGAUUAUGGAACUUCAGUUAGUCUAGUUUCUAUGGCAGGUAUUUCUCAUCAUAAAUUUACUGAUUGUUGUUUGGAUUCAUACAUCAAACCUACAGGCUUGGACAACGUAUGUCUACUUGAAAGAGAAAAAUCUGUUUCUUGUAUAUUACUAAUCUGGUUUUGCUCGCUUGUUAAUUCAUUAGACUUCGAGGGCUUACUAUGAACCAGAGGUAUAAUACGUAACUUACCAUGUAGCAAGGGAAGCAGGUGAACUGUCAAUUACACCACAAGGUAAAGAAUUACCACCCCAAAACAUUCUUCAACCUCUAACGCAGAAGACACCUCUAAUUUUUAUGAAAGGCUCAGCCUAUGACUAUAUAAUUAUCUACCCUGUUAACUCAUUAAGUAUAAUAGACAUUUAUAAUAUAGAUUACAUUUAUUCAAUCUAUUACAAUAUUAGGUAUUUAAGUACAUUACACACAUAUUCCUUCAUUUACUUCCAACUAUUCCAGGAGAUGAACACAUAAUAUUUCUCUGUGAUAGAUUAGGAAAUUGAAGCCUAGUGAAAGUAAGUAACUGCCUAAGGUCAUGUUUUAUUCUUGGCUUUGCCAUUUGCCAAAUACUGUUCAUUCGACUAUACUUAAUGUGGGGGUUUGAAACUAUUGCAUGGUGGGCUUCAGAGUUCAGUCUGAACCCAGAGAAGACGAAUGGGUCACUGAGUGGAUCUCGAAAGCAGUCAGUCGAAUGCCUUGCAGUCCAUUUCCAUUAAAUGUGCAAGUAUUGUGUGCCCUCUUUGUGCAAGAUUGUGCUAGGAAAAGCUGAGAGAGAUACCAGAGCGCAUGAUUAAGAAGUGUUUCUUUCUGUCAGUAAAUUUCACCUUUAGCAUGACUUAUGGACAAAGAAGGCUUCUGAAGGCCUGACCUACUGGGAAGACUCAGUGAGAACUGUUGCUAGAUCAGAACUACACUCCCCUUCCUCUGCUUUCUGUGAGGGGAUGACAUAAAGCAUCACAGUUUUCAGUAGUCCUUAGGAGUUAAGACAGGUGAAUUAAAAACUAUGAGUAAAUUUUAAUGACUUACGUGAACGAACUCUCUAAAUUAUUAAACAAAUAGUAAGGGAUAUGGUUUCCCUCCUUAAAAGGAAGAAUAAAACCAUGUCUAGGAAGGAACGCCAUCUUAGUUUGGCCCUCUUUGUGGCAGGGUGGUAAGGGAUUCUCCUAUUUUGAUUGCUUUUGUUACCACUCUACUCCAACAGCUCAGCUAGGCAUUGCCCAGGUGUGCACAGGUAGCUCUUUAUGUGCUUAUUAUAGCUGAUGAAGAUGGUGAUAUGCAAAGGAAAUUUUAAAAAUGAAAUCAUAAAAUAGAAUUAUCUGGUACAUAUUGAAUAGCUGUCGAUUUUGAACGUAGCAAAUGUGUUUUUGCCUCUAACCCAGAACUGUGAGAUAAAAAUUGCUACAUACCUUCCUCCAAGUGUUGGUUCAUUAAUCAAAUAGAAGAGCCUGUUUCUCUCGACACUAAGAGAGUCUUGAUUGAUAGUUUACUAACAUUAAGUCUAGACCUAACCUGCCCAUUUCUGCAAUGUAAGAUGAUUUCAUUGAAAAGUCUAAUUAUAAUGAUUACAAACUCUCACUUCAAAAUUAGCAAGAAUACUAGUCUUUUUCCCAAGUACCUUCAUCGGAAUAUUGCUGAGGAUCUCUGAGGUCAAGUAUGUUCACUGAGAUAUUUCUGAGAACCUCCAAGGUUGCUAUGCCUGUUUACUGUUAGCUGGCUGUCACCUGCUAGGAUUCAACAGAUAAAACAGAUGCAUAACACAAGGAAAUAACUGCACCUACAACCUCUGGCCUUUAGACAUUCUGGGAGUGGGUUUCAGGUGCCUGUUGGCUCUCCAUGUCACUGCUGAGGAGACAAAGGAGAGGUGCCUGCCAGCUCACUGGCGGAGAGCCUCGCUCUCUGCUUUCGGUGGAGAUCUCCUUCCCCAGGCUUUCUGCAUACAUUCAGCUUCGUGUACAACAUCUUGCCAAAGCUUUUCUGUAGUACCUGGGUAAAGAAACCCUGUGAUAUCCUGUGCUCAGAGCCAUCCAGUCCCUUCAGUGGUCCCACCCCUGGCAACAGGUUACAAUGUAGACUUUUCCCCAUUUUGGCGAGUUUUCUCUUUAAAGAUCCCUUACUUUCUGACCUAGGUUGGGCCCCUAGGAUUGUUUUCAUUACUCUGAUUUCCACAUAAGGGAUGGGAUUGAUUCCAAUCCCUUUAGUUCAAGGAAAAUCCUUUGCCCCACAGAAAUUCAUGAAUACAAAUUAAUAUCUGAUGGGGAGAUGCAGUAUCCAACUGCUUCCAGUGGAUAGCAGUAUCUAGUGCUCUCCUAGCAGCAUUUGAGACCCCCGUGUAAGUAGGUGUGUCUGGAGGGAGUAACACCCAGCUUCUCAGCUAAGGACAUCCCAGGGCCAUGCCUUCAAAAGUUCCAUUACAUAAAGUAAAUACAAGACUCAAAAGUCCAUUAUGUAAAGUAAAUACAACACAACCUGAGAACAUCAGCUCAGAGUGGAGUGGAGAGAUGGUUUUGUCAAGGCUGUCUUUCUAAUACCAGAGAGGCUAGGAACAGCACAUUCUGGUCUUUGUGCUACCAUGAAGGAAGAGCUAAUAAAGGACUCUUAAUUUUCUUAAAGGUUGAUCUCCCUUUAUUGAUAAUCCAUGUGUGAAAUUUCAAUUAUAUGAAACUAGAGAGAGAACUAAUGUGUUUAGAACAUGAUGUAAAAAACCUGUGAAAGACUGACCGUGAGCAAAGCUGCUGAUUGAGUCUGAAACCAUAAAAUGGGUGUAACAGUACCUAAUAGCCAUGUGAACUCCAGGGUGAUAAGGAUACAAUGUGCCUCUCCCCCAUGCCCCUCCUACUUGGAAAGCUUUCAGUGGCUGGCUGCCAAGCAGAGCGCAGGGUCCUCUGGGACCUGGCCUGUGUGUUUCCUCAGCAUGGUUUCUCAUCCGUCUCUACCUUGCCUUCUGUCUGUGCUCCAGCAGCACUGCCCUGUUUGCUCUCCCCUGCACAGAUGACACUGUUUCUCACACCCUAGUCCCCUGUGCUAUGCUUCUCACCUCUGGUUUCAUACUGUAACAAAUCCCACAGAUCAGCUUUUUAUGUAGUUUGUUAACUGCACUUGGCCGUCAGUUGUUUUUUUAUCAUUGGGUGGAGCAGCUUUUCUUGACCUCAAAAAACAGUAAAAUAACCACUCCUUUGUCAUUGGGUGUAUGUAUUCAGCAAACAUUGGGUACCUGCUGUUUGUUGGCGCUGGUGUUAAGAUGAGUAGCACACCAUCUAUGGCCCUAAGGAGUUCCCAUUCUGGUAGGGGGAACUUGACUCAGGCAGCAACAAAACCUGGUUAUGAGAAGACAGAUGAUGUUUCAGAGAAGACCUCACUGGCUGACCAGGAGGAAGUGAGGACUAUUUUCAUCAACCAGCCCCAGCUGACAAAAUUCUGUAAUAACCAUGUCAGCACUGCAAAAUACAACAUAAUCACAUUCCUUCCAAGAUUUCUCUACUCUCAGUUCAGAAGAGCUGCUAAUUCAUUUUUUCUGUUUAUUGCACUGCUUCAGCAAAUACCUGAUGUAUCACCAACAGGUCGUUACACAACACUGGUUCCUCUCUUAUUUAUUUUAGCUGUGGCAGCUAUCAAAGAGAUAAUAGAAGAUAUUAAACGACAUAAAGCUGAUAAUGCAGUGAACAAGAAACAAACACAAGUUUUGAGAAAUGGUGCUUGGGAAAUUGUCCACUGGGAAAAGGUAAAUGUUGGAGAUAUAGUUAUAAUAAAAGGCAAAGAGUAUAUACCUGCUGACACUGUACUUCUCUCAUCAAGUGAGCCCCAAGCCAUGUGCUACAUUGAAACAUCCAACUUGGAUGGUGAAACAAACUUGAAAAUUAGACAGGGCUUACCAGCAACAUCAGAUAUCAAAGACAUUGACAGUCUGAUGAGGAUUUCUGGCAGAAUUGAGUGUGAAAGUCCAAACAGACAUCUCUACGAUUUUGUUGGAAACAUAAGGCUUGAUGGACAUGGCACUGUUCCACUGGGAGCAGAUCAGAUUCUUCUUCGAGGAGCUCAGUUGAGAAAUACGCAGUGGGUUCAUGGAAUAGUUGUCUACACUGGACAUGACACCAAGCUGAUGCAGAAUUCAACAAGUCCACCACUUAAGCUCUCAAAUGUGGAACGGAUUACAAAUGUACAAAUUUUGAUUUUAUUUUGUAUCUUAAUUGCCAUGUCUCUUGUCUGUUCUGUGGGCUCAGCCAUUUGGAAUCGAAGGCAUUCUGGAAAAGACUGGUAUCUCAAUCUAAACUAUGGUGGUGCUAAUAAUUUUGGACUGAAUUUCUUGACCUUCAUCAUCCUUUUCAACAAUCUCAUUCCUAUCAGCUUGUUGGUUACAUUAGAAGUUGUGAAAUUUACCCAGGCAUACUUCAUAAAUUGGGAUCUUGACAUGCACUAUGAACCCACAGACACUGCUGCUAUGGCUCGAACAUCUAAUCUGAAUGAGGAACUUGGCCAGGUUAAAUACAUAUUUUCUGACAAAACUGGUACUCUCACAUGCAAUGUAAUGCAGUUUAAGAAGUGCACUAUAGCAGGAGUUGCUUAUGGCCAUGUCCCUGAACCUGAGGAUUAUGGCUGCUCUCCUGAUGAAUGGCAGAGCUCACAGUUUGGAGAUGACAAAACAUUUAGUGAUUCAUCAUUGCUGGAAAAUCUCCAAAAUAAUCAUCCGACUGCACCUAUAAUAUGUGAAUUUCUUACAAUGAUGGCGGUCUGUCACACAGCAGUGCCAGAGCGAGAAGGUGAUAAGAUUAUUUAUCAAGCAGCAUCUCCAGACGAGGGAGCAUUGGUCAGAGCAGCCAAGCAAUUGAAUUUUGUUUUCACCGGAAGAACACCCGACUCAGUGAUUAUAGAUUCAUUGGGGCAGGAAGAAAGAUAUGAGUUGCUCAAUGUCUUGGAGUUCACCAGUGCUAGAAAAAGAAUGUCAGUGAUUGUUCGCACUCCAUCUGGGAAGUUACGACUCUACUGCAAAGGAGCUGACACUGUAAUUUAUGAUCGACUGGCAGAGACUUCAAAAUACAAAGAAAUUACCCUAAAACAUUUAGAGCAGUUUGCUACAGAAGGGUUAAGAACUUUAUGUUUUGCUGUGGCUGAGAUUUCAGAGAGUGACUUUCAGGAGUGGCGAGCAGUCUAUCAGCGAGCAUCUACAUCUGUGCAGAACAGGCUGCUCAAACUCGAAGAGAGUUAUGAGUUGAUUGAAAAGAAUCUUCAGCUACUUGGAGCAACAGCCAUUGAGGAUAAAUUACAAGAUCAAGUUCCUGAAACCAUAGAAACGCUAAUGAAAGCAGACAUUAAAAUCUGGAUCCUUACAGGGGACAAGCAAGAAACUGCCAUUAACAUCGGACACUCCUGCAAACUGUUGAAGAAGAACAUGGGAAUGAUUGUUAUAAAUGAAGGCUCUCUUGAUGGAACAAGGGAAACUCUCAGUCGUCACUGUACUACCCUUGGUGAUGCUCUCCGGAAAGAGAAUGAUUUUGCUCUUAUAAUUGAUGGGAAAACCCUCAAAUAUGCCUUAACCUUUGGAGUACGACAGUAUUUCCUGGACUUGGCUUUGUCAUGCAAAGCUGUCAUUUGCUGUCGGGUUUCUCCUCUUCAAAAAUCUGAAGUUGUUGAGAUGGUUAAGAAACAAGUCAAAGUCGUAACGCUUGCAAUCGGUGAUGGAGCAAAUGACGUCAGCAUGAUACAGACAGCACAUGUUGGUGUUGGUAUCAGUGGCAAUGAAGGCCUGCAGGCAGCUAAUUCCUCUGACUACUCCAUAGCUCAGUUCAAAUAUUUGAAGAAUUUACUGAUGAUUCAUGGUGCCUGGAACUAUAACAGAGUCUCCAAGUGCAUCUUAUACUGCUUCUACAAGAAUAUAGUGCUCUAUAUUAUCGAGAUCUGGUUUGCCUUUGUUAAUGGCUUUUCUGGACAGAUCCUCUUUGAAAGAUGGUGUAUAGGUCUUUAUAAUGUGAUGUUUACAGCCAUGCCUCCUUUAACUCUUGGAAUAUUUGAGAGAUCAUGCAGAAAAGAGAAUAUGUUGAAGUACCCUGAAUUAUACAAAACGUCUCAGAAUGCCCUGGACUUCAACACCAAGGUUUUCUGGGUUCAUUGUUUAAAUGGCCUCUUCCACUCAGUUAUUCUGUUUUGGUUUCCACUAAAAGCCCUUCAGUAUGGUACUGCAUUUGGAAAUGGGAAAACCUCGGAUUAUCUGCUGCUGGGAAACUUUGUGUACACUUUUGUGGUGAUAACUGUGUGUUUGAAAGCUGGAUUGGAAACAUCAUAUUGGACAUGGUUCAGCCACAUAGCGAUAUGGGGGAGCAUUGCACUCUGGGUGGUGUUUUUUGGAAUCUACUCAUCUCUAUGGCCUGCUGUUCCGAUGGCCCCUGAUAUGUCAGGAGAGGCAGCCAUGUUGUUCAGUUCCGGCGUCUUUUGGAUGGGCUUGUUAUUCAUCCCUGUGGCGUCUCUGCUCCUUGAUGUGGUGUACAAGGUGAUCAAAAGGACUGCUUUUAAAACAUUGGUCGAUGAAGUUCAGGAGCUGGAGGCAAAAUCUCAAGACCCAGGAGCAGUUGUACUUGGAAAAAGCCUGACCGAGAGGGCGCAACUGCUCAAGAACGUCUUUAAGAAGAACCACGUGAACUUGUACCGCUCUGAAUCCUUGCAACAAAACCUGCUCCAUGGGUAUGCUUUCUCUCAAGAUGAAAAUGGAAUCGUUUCACAGUCUGAAGUGAUUAGAGCAUAUGAUACCACGAAACAGAGGCCCGAUGAAUGGUGAUGGGGAGAGCCUAAAAGGCAGGCUCUGUUAUGUCUCUAAGGAGAGCCACCAGGUUGUCACCACAGUCUGCUAACCAAUCCCAGUCUGAUCCAUGGAGAGGAAAGGUGGAUCUGAGCUCAUCUCGCUGAUGGACAUUCAGAUUUAUGUAUAUUAUAGACAUAAGCACUGUGCAACUGUACUGUAACACCAUAUCUUUUGGAUUUUUUAAGGUAUUUGCUAAGUCUUUGUAAAUGGAAAUCGAAAAUGACCUGGUAUCUUGCCAGAGUGCUUUCUUAUAUGGAGAAAAAGUCAGUAUUCUUAUGCCAUUACUUGGGCUGUAACUGACUAUCAAUUUAUUGGCUGUACCACAAAGUAACCAACCAUUAAAAAACUCUAAAUGGUAUUUAGUUAAAGGGACUCUUGAUAUCCAGGCUUAGAUUUCAGGAUAUGCUGAAACAAACCAGCAUUCUUAAGGAACUGACUCAAUCUUCCUGAGCAAAAUUUCUAAACAAGGCAUUAUUAACAAGCAUUUUUGUCAAAAUUGUCUUGAUAAAUGUUUGCCAAAGAGGUUCAAUAAAUGUAUUUCUAGUUCAGUAGUCAUAUGCCCAGAAAUGUAAGAGAAAGUUUACUUCCAGUUCUGCUGUAAGAUCUGCAUGCCUGACUUUUCAAAUGUAAGAGUGAUUUAAAAUGAAUAUUUCAAGGCAUUUGCUACUAAAAUCUGUGAUGUUGCACCUUUGGCCUUACAAAUGCUUCUUUGUUAUUUAUCGUGUUUAUUUGUUAGAGGACACACGUGUUAAUGUGACUCUUAUUAUGACACUGAUUUUUUAAAUUGUAUGUAUGUUUCAGUUGUUUCUGAUAAAGUUUCAUCAUCAUCUAGAUUUUUCUAAAAAUUUGGCUUGUCUAGUAGAUUGAGUGAUGUCAUUUUGUCUUAAAGUUUUUCCUGUUAAGAAAUAUACAGUACAUAUUUACGUGGGAUUUUUAAAGCUUCUGUUGCAGUAUUUGGAAUAACAUGUCAGAUAAAUGCAUGGGCUUUUGUCAUGAACAUAGGCUCAGCUUUUGUCCUGUGUGUCCGUUCUCACUAUGUGUUCCCACAAGACAUACCCGCUGUCUUAUGUAGCAUACCCAGUGAUAUGGUGACUGCCCCUAUACUGAAGACUGAAAAUGAUUUCACCGUUCACUCAUCAAAUAGUUCCCCAAAUUCAUCACAUGCUGCUUAUUGGGACAAAUAAGUAGUACAUUUUCCCCAUUUUAAAAAUGCUGAUUGUACUCAAGUCCGUAACUUUAUAGUCAGAGGACACUUUCAUCAUGAGUAGGUUUUGUUGGUGUGUUUUAAAAUCUAUGUGAGUUUAAUUAUUUUCAGCAUUUACAAGACAUCUGAAAUUGCCUAUUUUGCUACCAACAGCAAAUGAAGGGGCUGUUUAAAACCACAGCCAGUUUUCUACACUAGUUUUUAAUGAUACUUUUGUUUGGAAAAACGAAUUAGUUUUCAGAUACACCUCAGAGAUUGAAGCAAACUAUUUGCCUUUUACUCAAAAGCCUGCUUGCCUUCACAUGGAUUUACCAGCAAAAUAGGUAGAACUCUAAAUAAAGUCAACUAGAAUUGAGAAGAGGUCAUUUUUUUUCAGAUCUCUUCUUGAGUUUAAUAUUCUCACAUUCUUUUCGCCCUUCUUCUCAAUCUAGAUUUAAAAUUAGGAUAUAUAUCAUUUCCUUGUCUGUAUUUGUGGCUCCUUAGUUACCAGUAUGCCUCUACAUUUUCUACAAAUAAGAGGUUAUAACACAUAUACAUAAUUCUAACCUUAAGGGAACAUGCAUUUACACACAUUACUUCCCAAGCCCUUCCUGUUUGGGGUACAGAUUAAGAGAGUCAUGAAUCAACACAUCUAGCAAGGCCACAGGUGUAAGAGUCUAAGAUCAUCUUCAAAAUUCUGAAGUCCCAGACUUUAUCUGUCUAGUGAAUGGAUAUUCAGAGUGGCUUUUCCUGAGCUGCCCAGUGGUGAUAGCUGAGGUCAAACCACAAAAAAUGAGAAAGCAAGAAUGAAGUGCACCCCUCCAGAGAAACGCUUUAUAGCAGUUACACAGCAGAGCUGCUUCCAUUUGCCCUCACUUCAUCAGCGGCACCCUUCUGCAGAAUUCUAACAUAAAAACAUUAUGAAUAUAAUAGAACUGGAUUUUCUGACUUAAUAAAUUUUAUUUUAAUUUUGAAACAUGGAUUGUUUCUGUGGAGCUCUUAAACAGUUGAUAAUGUGUAACAUGAUCUGAAACGUGACUAAUUUGAGCCUCUUUGUCCCAUGGUCCUAUUUUUGAAUUGUUGACAUUGUUAGUCUCUCUGCUUCCUGGGUGAGACUCGGGGUUUGAGGGGCAGGGAGUGACCUUCUUGGUAAAACUUAAAAUAUAACAUUGCAAUUGCAGUGACUUUACAGUGUUACAUUAGAGAAAAUAGUCUGAUUUUUUUAAACCUUCCUUAAUUGGAAAAAAGUCACAUGGUUUUACCAGGAUUGAAAUAAACAGCCGAAGUGACUUUUAACAUGUGUUUUCUGAAAUAAAGGCACAUACUCUUCAAUUAAAAAGUUCCUUAUAGGGACUCUGGCAAAUGCUAACACAGUUGCUUUACAAUGUUUACAAUUCAGAAAAUACGACUUAUAAUAGAAAAUCCUAGUUCAUUUAGCAUUGAAAAGCUGAAAGUUGCUUCUUUCAUGUUGAAUAGUACACAGUGGUACUGAGCAUGGACUUUCUAAAUGUUUUAUAUAUACAUAUAAAAAUAUAUUGGUGUCUCACACCCAGAAAGAUGUUAUAUUGUGGAAAUUAUUAGGGGGAAAACAGUGUUUCUCAGGAACGUUGUAAAUUUCAAAUGAUAUAUGUACUUCCUGUCCUCCCACCUCCACUCUGUGCUCUAAUGUGAGACUGCUUCAGCAGUGUUGCUAAGUUAAUGGAUAACUUUUCCUAAUCAAGUCAGGUGAAUGUAUAUUCUGCUAAACAGUGUUAGCCAUUUACGUGAAUUGUAUGGCCAUUAAAUGGAAUCAGUGAUUCCUCUUUAAUUUCCAAAGGGGAAAUGAAUUUUGGAAAUCAAUCAGCAUUUAUUCUGAUCAUUAAAUUUUAUACUUUAAUUUUGCUCUUCAGCAUUCUAAAUAUCCAGUGUGAAAGUCACAUGAUAAUUUGUUUUGCAUUGUGUGCACUUUACAACACUUAGAACUUGUCAUUUAAAAUGUGUUUUCAGGAAAUGAAUGCUGUUAACAGAUUGUAUUAUUCAUAGUUUUUAAAUUAUGACAGUGUCGUAAUUGUUACAAAGCUAAAUAAUCAUGUUUAUUUUUGUGCAGUUUCUCUUUGAUAGCUCCUGGUUUUAAAACCUGUUAGGCAUAUAAUCUUAUAAAUAGUCAUCCACAAAACUUAGGGAGAAAAUACCCAUCCCAUUCACAUCACAUGGACCAGGAAUUCAUUUUGUAAAUGACUUAAGGUAACACCAUGCAGUUCAGUGCCUGAUAAAUGCUUUUUAAUGAUGAACAUUUCUAUAAUGCCUCAUAAGAUACCAUAAUCUGAUUUUUCUCACAUUAAAAUAACUGAAGUCACUUGUGUAACUUAGUUAUACUUUGCUACAUUUUAAUUAACCUUGGACAGCUAUUAAAGUAGAAUGUAAGUUAAAUUUUGAAGGAAAGGAAAUAAAUGUUUUCCAUAUUUCGUCUUGAUUUAUUUUCUGUAUGAGAACAGCUGUGUUUUUGAUAGGUUUAUGGUUUGCAUGAAUUCAUAUUUAAAGUGAUCCAGGCCAAUGCAUGGCUAUUGCUGUAAAUCUUGAUGUUUAUUUCUGCCUUAUAAAGUUCUAUCAUGGCCUACCUGGAAUUUAAUAUUCAGUAGACAAAUUAGUUGGUCCUCUGCAUAAUUUUUAAAUAGAUUAUUUUACAAAGAAAUUUGAACAAAUUUAAUUGAAUCUUUUGUUUAGCUUGCCUCUAAGAAUUUUUUUUAAUAAAGCUCCCAAAACUUCUCAGCAAAUAAAUCUCUCUUAAGUAGGAAAACUAGAUUUCAUAUUAGCUUACUUUGAAUUAACAGCAACUUUCCACAGGUAAAUCUGUUCUUGCAAAAAUGUGAGCAGAAUAGUUAAAAGUAAUAUUUUUAUGUUUUGUGGUUCUAAAUAGAAGCCAUAAAUAUAGUAAAUACUAUCUGUUGUUUAACUAUGUCAAUCUUCAUUUUUUACAUUUUCAAGUUUAUUAGGUUAAAAAGGGCAUCCUUGGAAGGCAGCUACUACAGAAAACUGCAGUUUUGCAUUAAAGAUAAAGUAGUAUUUUCAGCUCCCUGCAAAACCAUUCCUGCUGAAACUGCUGUAGAAGUUGUGAAGCUGCAUGAGUGGAGAAUAUUGAAUCUGUGGUUAUAGUAGUUUUCUCAGGUUUGUUUAUCUUGAUGUUUGAUGCACUGUGUUUUAUAGUUAUUAAAGUUGAGUAAUAUUAUCUCUAUGCAGUGUUAUGUGUCAUUGGCCUUUUGCGAAUGUGCAUGUUUUAAACUGCAAAUUUUAAACAUUUUGUCCUCUAAUUGUUAUUAAAAUAAACUUUACCAUUACUUAAA